AUGAGGAAGAUGGAAGUCCCAUAUGAAGGGAAGCGACACAGCUUGACACAGCUGGUGUCGGAACCCAACCUCUGGAGGAUAGAUGAGGUGAAAGAUGAAGAUGAAGAAGAGGAGAAGCCGAAAGGGCCUCCAAAAGCCUUGAUGAUGGUCUAUGUGGACGACUUGUUCGCCACAGGUCCAACACAGCUUCUGAAGGCGCUGACUGAGACCAUCAAGAAGGAGUGGAACACCUCAACUCCAGAGUGGAUCAAUGAAGAUCCCACAAGAUUCCUCGGCAUGGGAAUCUCCAAGACCAAAGGAGAGGAUGGUCUUGAAGUCUGGGCAGCAUCCCAGCAGGACUAUGUCAAGGAGUUGCUGAGGAGGAACGUGGGGGAGGAUGAGAAGAAAUGGCCCAAGAGAAAGGUGCCAAUCUCCAAGGAUCCACCGGCUGAACACCAAGAAGAGCCAAAGGUGGAAGGAGUCAGGAAGGCCCAGAAGAUAGUGGGCGAAGCACUCUGGUUAGUCACGAGGACCAGACCAGACAUGAUGUAUGCCUUGGCGAAGAUGGCCAGCCAAGUGCUGCAUCAACCCCAGUGGGUCGCAGAGAGCGCAUCCCAACUGUGGGGAUACAUGGCUGCCACGAUCCAUGAAGGGAUCACCUUUGAGAAAGGUCCAUCAUGGGAAGGAUGGGAAGAGCAGUCAGGGCUUGCUGUUUAUGCUGACGCAAGCUUCGCACCCUCAGGAGAAGAAAGUCACGGUUCAGUGAUUGUGACUCUGAGGGGAGCCCCGCUGUUAUGGAAGAGCUCAAGGCAGUCGACGGUCAGCCUGAGCACAGCGGAGGCAGAGUUGAACGAGCUCAUAGAAGGACUGAUGAUGGGGGAAGGUGUUGCAGCGAUUUUGGAGGAGCUGGAACCCCACAUCAUGAAGAUGAUGGCAUCAGACUCGCAGGCAGCGGUGAACAUCUGUCUGGCAGAAGGAGGAAGCUGGAGGACCAGACAUCUACGCUUGAGAGCAGCGCAUGCCAAACAGAGAUUCACCAAAGGAGACUGGCUGCUGCGACACUUGCCAGGCGAAGAUAUGCUGGCAGACAUUGGGACGAAGAGCCUGACGUCAGCCAGGCUGGAAAAGCUCAAGAAGGGGCUUGGCAUGAAGAAGAUUGGAAAAGAUGAAGAGAAGAAUGAGGAGCCAGAAGAGAAGACGGCACCAGAAGAAGAAGAGAAGAUCAAAAAGAAGGAACAGGGGACCAGAGUCCCAAAAGAAGUAGAGAAGGCACUCCAGUGCGUGGCGUUGAUGAUUGCCAUUCAGGGAGCCAAAGCUCAAGAUGAUGAGGAGACCGAAGAAAGGGCAGAGAUGUUCCACAUUGAGCUGAUUCUGAUGUUCGCUCUUGUGGGAGUGGUCUCAGUGAUCCAGAGGAUCAUCCCUUGUCUGAUGGGCUGGCUUCGGAGAGACCGACAGCCUGAGGAAGAGCCCACAGAAGAAGAAGGAAGCAGGGUGAGAGGAGCACCCACAAGACACCAAGAAGAACAGGCGUUGAGGACCCCAGAGAGCAUCAGGAGGAGAAGGAGAGUGGAAGCCAGGGAUGAUGAAGACACAGAAGAGGAGACAGACCCAGGCGUUCCAUUCCCUCACGGAGAUCGUGAUGGGAACCUCUUCCUGAGGAAUCCGCCGGGCCCAAAAGCACCGCCAAGACAGCUGGCACACAUGUAUCCCAUGCCAAAGGGACAGCAGAAGGGCCAGCAAGCAGGCCAAGCAGGCACACAAGCAGGCCGACCAGGCCAACAGGCAGGCCAACAGAAAGGCCGCCCACAACAGGCAGCUAGCAGCAGCACAACACCGGUGCACAUGCUUGUGCCACCACCACCACCACAAGAGCCAGGCGCAGAGCCACCACGGCUGGUGGAAGAGUUCUUCCAAGGACUCGUACAAGAAGAACAUGAGCACCCAGAUGAUUGGGACCCGGAGAUCCAUGGGCAGAUUUACCCAGGGAAGGGAAGUCCACCACCGGCAUACUUCCAAAGGAUGGCCGAGAAGGGUCAAGCCAAAGGGAGUGAAGAAGGAACGCCGACGAAGGGCGCCAAGAAAGGAAAGAAAGGUGAUGAUGAGAUCGCGCAGGCCAAAGGCGCGAAAGGAGAAGGAAGCCCACAGAAAGGGGCACCCAAGGGCCAAGGAAAGAAAGGCCAGGCAGAAGGUGAAGAAGUCCCAGAGAAGGGAGCACAAAAAGGAGGAGGAAAGAUGGCCGAGAACGGCGAAGGAGAUGACGAAGCAGCACCUCCAAGAGUGCCAAGUGACGAACAUGGCGUGGCACUGCCGGUGUACAUCACGCCAUGGGGCACAAGUCGCCGUGGUGCCCUCUGUGCUGUCUCGGCCUCCAGCCGAGCUCCGCUACCAUCCUCUACUCAGAGGGACCGGGGAGAACGGUGCAUAGCUGACGAGAAUGCGCUGGGCCGAUGCAAGGCUACCCCAUGUGCCAACGAUGCGACGAGUACCAGAGGCCCUAGACUAAGGGCAGACGAAACGACACAGGCCCAGGAAAACCCGCUAGGCGCUGGAGACUUGGUCGAUGAAGGCAUGGACGUGGUGAAACAAUCCAUAGUGCUUGGUGGAGUGCAUCCAGCCGAACGUGCCUACAGCGGGGAUGCCAAGGGAUGA